UUUUUCUUCAUUCAUUGAAACCGUUGACAUUUAUUGACCUGUACACAUCAUGUCAAAGAAACUUACAGCACAGGCAUUGGAUUUACUCCUAAGCAAUCGCUCCACCAACAGCAGCAACAGCAACAGCAACAACAGCAAGAGCAACAGCCUUGUUGCUUUGUCAAAAAAAGACUCUGCUGUAAAACCAUCCGUUAGCAAGAAGAGGAAAAAGCUUAAAAGCAAAAGCGAUUCCUUGCCAAAGACAAAGACUGGGCUAAAAAAGAUUAAACACGAGUUGAGAUAUGGUUAUUCUAUCCGAAAAGCACUCGAAGAAAAAGAGGCAAAAGAAAACCCUCUAGACAAGUUGAGAGAAAGAUUAAACGAUGAACAAGUCAUAUUGCAAGACAACUUGACCUAUUACAGGACAACUAAACGAGCAUCAAAAAAGGAGAUCGAGCUUGCACAAAAGGUAAUUGGGAUGUGCCAUAUCACAUAUGCUGAGAUGAAUGUAGUGUCAGCAAAAAAAAAGGAGCGAGAAUUUAUGUUGGAAACUAUUUCAAAUUUGAUAGAUCAAAGAGCUACGUGCCAGAACCAUGAGCGGCAUCAGGACAACAGCAGUGAAGAAGGACGAGUCUGACGACGAGGAUUUGUG